UGAAAUUUGGUCCUGACAGUUAUGGUUUGUUUUAUUUCCAAGAAACUGCCCCUGACUCUUGAACAACUCUGCAAGACCUCUUCAGUGGCUGGCCCAUGCCUCUUAACUUGGGGGAGAGGACCGUGGUGGAGAGCCCCUCAGCUCCCCCCAGCUCUGGUCCUGAUCCCAGCGGCAGUAGCCAGGGUCGUGACCCCUGGAAGCUUGAGCCUUGCUGUUCUCCGGAUUAAUUAACCCUAAAAACAUCAUAUUCAUUCUUCUGGAUAUGCCCCAGAAGGAUCCGUGCCAGAAACAAGCCUGUGAAAUACAGAAAUGUUUACAAGCCAACAACUACAUGGAAUCUAAGUGUCAGGCUGUCAUUCAAGAGCUGCGUAAGUGUUGUGCGCGCUAUCCCAAGGGAAGCUCUCUGGUCUGUUCAGGAUUUGAAAAAGAAGGGGAAGGAGAGCUGACACCGAAGUCCACAGCAAAGUGAAGUUCUACUGAGAAGCAGCCAAGUACUGCCCCAACUUCCACCAAGCGAAUUCCCUGUAUCCUCCUGACUCUACUUCAGGCAAAGUGCAGCAACUUUCUAAUGAAAAUAUCAAUUUUAAAAGGUAAUGAAUUUACUUCUCUAUACAGGACAGAUAGAAACAUAAGUAUCUUCUAAAAACAAACAUGUAGAAUGCAAUAAAACGGAACUGCUAAAAUGAACUGUUAAGGGAAAAAAAAUUUAAAAACCCAGACUUAAGUAUAUCAUUACAGAAAAUCAAAGAUAAAGUCCUCAAAGAAGUCAGGAGAAAAAACAUCUUACCUGCAGAGGAACAAAGAUAAGAUUUAUAUCCAACUUCUCAGAAGGCAUGCAAUCAAGAAAAGAGUAUAGUAACCUAUUUAAAGUGUUGAGAGAGAAAAACAAAACACCAACCUAGAAUUCUGUACCCUGGGAAAUAAUCCUUCAAAGGUGAAAGAGGAAUAAAGAUUUUUCUGAGAAAAACAAAAGUUGAUGGAACUUGUUUCCAGUAAA